AUGGCGAAUACAAAAUGGUUAUCAGAAUAUCCGGGCUCAGAGACAGAGUUUCUUGAGAUCGGUGACUCAGAUCAUAGACCCCUUGUUACAUAUAUCUCAUAUGAUCAAGAGAAACCGAAAAGAGUUUUUAGAUAUGACAGUCGUAUGGCUCCAAAAGAUGGAUUCAAAGAUACUGUGAAAAGAGGAUGGAAUGGUAAUGGUCAACAACAGCUUCUCGGACUCUCUUUAUCUCAGCGUUUGAGUAGAUGCAGACAACAUAUUUCAGUAUGGAAAAGAAGUAAUAUUACAAAUUCUGCAGAGAGAAUUAAAGUCCUACGCAGUCGCCUAGAUGCUGCAAUCACUUCCAGUUCAGUGUCUACAAGUGAAAGAUCUGCACUGAAAAAGGAACUCAGUCAAGCUUACUUGGAGGAAGAAGAAUUUUGGAAACAUAAAAGCAGAGUUCAGUGGUUAAGAUCAGGUGACAAAAAUACUACAUAUUUUCAUGCUGUUACUAAAGGGAAACGGAUUCGCAACACCAUUGCAACAAUUCAAGAUGGAAAUGGGGUCAUUUGUAAAUGCCAUAAAGAGGUGACUCAGGUUGCAGUCAAAUAUUUUCAGGAUUUAUUCUCCUCCUCACCAGUUGAUUCUUCUCUUUAUGAUGAAGUCUUUGAGGGUUUGCAAUCACGAAUAUCGUCUGCAAUGAAUACGGAACUUACAAGACGCGUCAGUGAAGCUGAAAUACAUCAAGCUCUGUUUGAUAUUGGUCCACAUAAAGCCCCUGGCCCUGAUGGAUUUACUGCUGUGUUUUAUCAUCAGUUUUGGGAUGAUCUUAAAGCGGAAAUAGUGGAGGAGGUAACAACAUUUUUUGAACGAAAUGAAAUGGAUCAGCAGCUCAACCACACCAAUCUAUGUCUGAUUCCAAAAGUAUAUCCUCCCACAACCAUGAGUGAAUUCAGGCCUAUUGCACUAUGCAAUGUGUCAUAUAAAGUGAUAUCAAAGAUCCUGGUGAACAGACUCAAGCUUCAUCUGGGUGAUAUAAUUACUGAAAAUCAGACUGCUUUCAUUCCUGGUAGAAUGAUUACAGACAACAUUAUUGUUGCUCAUGAGGUCUUUCAUGCUUUGAAGGCUAGGAAACGACAAGCAAAGUCUUAUAUGGCAAUAAAGACUGAUAUCACAAAAGCUUAUGAUCGUUUAGAGUGGGGGUUUCUAAAGGAGAUAAUGCAGAGAAUGGGUUUUCAUACGACAUGGAUUAACUGGAUUAUGGCUUGUGUAGAAUCAGUGAGCUUCUCGGUUUUGAUCAAUGGCUCACCAGAAGGAUAUAUAAGACCAGAAAGAGGUAUUAGACAGGGUGAUCCACUUUCACCUUAUCUUUUUAUACUCUGUGCUGAAGCUUUGUCACACCUUAUGAAUCGGGCAAUGGAACAGAGGAAACUAUUAGGAGUGAAAGUGGCGAUCCAAGCACCACCAGUAAAUCAUUUGUUAUUUGCUGAUGAUUCUCUUUUCUUCACUCUAGCAAAUCGACAGUCCGCUAAAACACUGAAACGUAUCUUCAAUCUCUAUGAACAAGUCUCUGGUCAGGCUAUAAACUUCAGCAAGUCUUCGAUCACAUUUGGUAGUAAAGUGGCGCCGGGAGUACAAACUCAGAUGCGAAAUCUUCUACAAAUCCACAAUGUGGGAGGUAUUGGAAAAUAUCUUGGACUACCAGAGCAGUUUGGAAGUAAGAAGAGUGAUAUGCUAGCAUAUAUUACAGACAAGGUUCGUAAUGUGACACAAGGAUGGAAACAAAAAUAUCUUUCUCAUGGAGGUAAAGAAGUUCUCUUAAAAGCUGUUGCUCUUGCAAUGCCUAUCUUCACAAUGAAUGUCUUUCGAUUACCAAAAGAAAUAUGUGAAGAUAUAACUAGGAUCCUGGCAAAUUUCUGGUGGGGAUCAGGAGAUAACAAAGGGCUGCAUUGGUUUGCUUGGAACCGUGUCUCAAAACCGAAGAGAGAAGGUGGUUUAGGUUUUCGAGAUCUUGAAAGAUUUAAUCAAGCCCUUUUGGGCAAACAAGUUUGGCGUAUACUACAAGCACCAAACUGUCUUAUGGCUCGUAUCCUUAAAGCACGAUACUUUCCUGACUGUAGUAUUUUGGAAGCGACUCCAAAGAAACUUGCCUCAUAUGCAUGGAAAUCAAUACUCUUUGGAAAAGAGCUUGUAGCUAAAGGUAUGAGAGUAGUUAUUGGUAAUGGUACUACUACAAGGAUGUGGUUAGAUCCUUGGAUUCCGGAACAUCCUCCUCGCCCACCACGAGCACUAACUGGAGACCUAUCCAAUGUACCGGUAUCCUCCUUCAUGAAUGCUGAUAGAAACAGUUGGAAUAUUAUGAAACUUGAAGCGGAGGUGGUUCCAGAAGAUAUAGAUAAAAUUCUUGCUAUAAAGCUAUGUUCAAAGGCAGAAUUAGAUCUACUGGGAUGGAGCUAUAAUGAAGAUGGCAUCUAUACUGUUAAAUCUGGCUAUUGGUUGAGCACACACUUACCGGAUUAUGACAAUGGAUUACCCAUUUAUGGAGAUGUCAAUAUUAAACAGAGGAUGUGGAAAACAGAGCUACCUCCAAAAAUCAAGCACUUUCUAUGGAAGCUUCUAUCAAAAGCGUUACCUACAGGAAGUAAUUUGAAAAGGAGACAUGUUACCAGAGACUCGCUAUGCAAGCGAUGUUAUUUAGAAGAAGAGACAGAGAAGCAUCUGUUUUUCUAUUGUCCUUAUGCAGCACAAGUUUGGAGGGCUUCAGGUAUUAAUAAUCUCAUCAUCAACAGCACUGUAACUUCUCUGGAAGAGAAGAUUCAGACAUGUCUUCAGAUUACGACCUCUACAAGAUUAUCUCAUUUUCAAGACUUAGCAAUCUGGACAUUAUGGAGAAUCUGGAAAUCAAGAAAUUUAUUAAUCUUCCAGCACAAGAAUGUUACUUGGAGCAAUGUUAUUCAGCAAGCGAAGAAUGAUGCAAACGAAUGGACGACAUAUUCAACAAUGCAAAUACGUCAAUCCUCUUUGAGAUCCCAGUCUUCUCAGGUGGUUAAGAAAAGUUGGAGUAGACCGCAAACGGAUUGGAUCAAGUGCAACAUUGAUGGAUCUUUUAUCAAUCAAGAUAUUCCAAGUACAACGGGAUGGAUACUAAGAGAUUCAAAUGGGGUAUACAAAGGUGCGGGACAAGCUAUGGGCAACAGAGUUAAAAAUGCUUUUGAAAGUGAACUACAAAGCUUAAUCAUAGCUAUGCAACACUGUUGGAGCAAAGGUUAUAAGAAAGUCAUUUUCGAGAGUGAUUGUUGGAAGAUGAUCUCUAUACUGAACCAACAAGGGCUUCACUUCGAUGGAUACAACUGGAUACGAAUCACCUUUCCAAUCAAGAUGCCUCCAAAGAUGAGAAACGCAAGAGCCACCAAGAGCACAGCUUCUCCAGCGGGGAGAUACAUCCGGCUCCUUCUAGCGGAGAUCUUGCCCAUGCGGUUUGCUCACAAGGAGACUUUAGCCGAUCUCGGCCUUGACACUGAGGUGUUUGACACGAUGCAGGCUAUGGGACUCAUGCCUCUCUGUUUCCAAGCCCAGGUUCUCUACCCAGAUUUGGUUAGGCAAGCGCUCGCGACGUGCCAGAUCAUCUAUCAGAACCCCAAUGAGCCUACAUACGAGAACUGCUUCUUCUCCUUCAUGGCUGAUGGCAAGUUCUGCUCAAUCUCUCUCAACAAUCUGAACGAGCUACUCUAG